CACGGGUCGCGCGUUGAUAUUUUCUCACGCCCGAUCCCCGGUUGUAUUAACUCUGGUAGCCCCAGUAGGAGAUUUUCUGUGUCCUGUCUUCGGUAGUCGCGUAUAAAGGUUCGGCAGUUCUGGAAUUCGGUGAUCCUCGACUAAGGACUCACAUCAGGGAGUCCCGUUUUGAAGCCGGUGGUGGAUAAGUAUUUGAGCAUUUUGGAACCUCGGAAUCAACCUUGGCUAGUUCCGCGUGCAUGCGUUUCAUUGCAUAGUGAACCUUCAAAGUGGAAACAACAGCACCUUUUUUGUUGCCGACACUGUGCUAUCUACGGUGGUGUCACGCAUGGAUUGGUCCAGUUCCGUGAAAGAAGAAAAAAGCAUUGCCUAUCGCUCAAUGUGGCCUAGGUGUACUAGUGGAUUCUCGCUUUCGGAUUAAAACAGCGGUCUUCGGGGUUUAUUGGUUUUACCUCACUUUCAAAGCACGAAGAAAAUACAGUCGAGAAAUUUAGAUAGAAAAAAAUAGCAGGGGUGCCUGGCAUUGAAAGUUGAAGGCGAAUUCUUCUCAAGUGCUAUACUAUUGCCACUUGUUGGUGUGUCAGUGAUGAAAAUGGUGGCCAUAGACUGGCGAAGAAGUGCAAACAUGAUAGCAUUCGGUGCGAUGUUGAUCCUGUGUGCCAUCGGUGUCGAUGCGGUUCGAGUGAUGCAACAACAACAACAACAACCGAUUGCAUCCCGGAGAAUUACAGAAAAAGUAGCCGCGCCACUGGAUCAGACGGCCGCGUCUUCCUGGUGGCAAACACACAUUACCGAUGCAGUGCCGACGCCUAAAAAUUUCUUCCAGGCCACUCACGGUCUGGUUCAGACACAUCCAGCACUCACGAAGUCAGCCUUGAAAGCUUCUCCGCUGAUAGGAGGCAAGUCGGUGCUUUCCAGUGGAUUCCCAUCGAUCGCUAAUCCGAACCCGCGAUCACCCUUCCGCCAUUUGGACUUCAGCAGUAGUGCGACUGCCGAGCUGAGGCGCAAUCCAAGUCUAUCCGCACCGGAUGAGUGCGCACGUGCUUGUCGCGAAGGAGAGCCAGCUAGAAUAUGCUACUACCAUUUCACCGUAGAGUACUACACCGUGUUGGGCGCCGCGUGCCAGAUUUGCACGCCAAACGCAACCAACACCGUGUGGAGUCACUGUCAGUGUGUCUUGGCCGAUGGUGUCGAGCGAGGUAUUCUGACCGUCAAUCGUAUGAUCCCCGGUCCGAGUAUUCAAGUGUGCGAAAACGACAGAGUUGUGAUCGACGUGGAGAACCACAUGGAGGGUAUGGAAUUGGCCAUUCACUGGCACGGUAUCUGGCAGCGAGGAACGCAGUACUAUGACGGUGUGCCAUUUGUGACACAGUGCCCAAUUCAGCAGGGAAAUACGUUCAGAUAUCAGUGGACCGGCAACGCAGGUACUCACUUCUGGCACGCUCACACAGGUCUGCAAAAAAUGGACGGUAUUUACGGUAGUGUUGUCGUGCGCCAACCACCCUCCCGUGAUCCUAACUCGCACCUGUACGAUUUCGAUUUGACCACGCACAUCAUGCUGGUUAGCGAUUGGCUUCACGAGGAUGCCGCCGAACGAUACCCAGGUCGUCUCGCUGUUAACACCGGCCAGGAUCCCGAAUCGCUACUUAUCAACGGCAAAGGACAGUUCCGUGAUCCGAACACCGGUUUCAUGACCAAUACCCCGCUGGAGAUUUUCACCAUCACCCCCGGCAGACGGUACCGAUUCCGUAUGAUCAACGCUUUUGCCUCUGUCUGUCCAGCGCAGGUUACCAUUGAGGGACACACCCUGACGGUCAUCGCCACCGACGGAGAACCAGUGCAGCCGGUGCAAGUCAACACCAUCAUUUCGUUCUCAGGUGAACGUUACGACUUCGUGAUCAACGCUGACCAAGCCGUCGGAGCAUAUUGGAUUCAAUUGCGUGGUCUCGGAGAGUGCGGUAUCAAGCGGGCCCAGCAAUUGGGCAUCCUUCGUUACGCCCGCGGUCCAUAUCAGCCUGCAUCACCGCCACCAACCUACGAUGUCGGUCUGCCGCAGGGAGUGGUCAUGAAUCCACUGGAUGCUCAGUGCAACAGACAGCGCGACGAUGCCAUCUGCGUAAGUCAGCUUAAGAACGCUAAAGAAGUAGAUCGAUCACUGCUUCAGGAGAAACCGGACGUCAAGAUAUUCUUGCCCUUCCGAUUCUACCUGUACCGACCGGAGGAACUGUUCCAGCCUAACACCUACAAUCGAUUUUUGGUUGCCCCAACCGGAGACCAUGUAAUCUCGCUGAUUGAUGAGAUCUCGUACCUUUCUGCACCGGCACCGCUGCUGUCACAGUAUGACGAUAUCAACCCGGAACAGUUCUGCAACGGCGACAACCGGCCAGCUGAUUGUGGCGCUAAUUGUAUGUGCACUCACAAGGUGGACAUUCCACUGAAUGCGAUCGUGGAAGUAGUUUUAGUCGAUGAAGUCCAACAACCGAAUCUUAGCCAUCCAUUCCAUUUGCACGGUUACGCGUACAAUGUAAUUGGUAUCGGGCGCUCUCCUGAUUCCAAUGUGAAGAAAAUUAAUCUCAAACAUGCCCUCGACCUGGAUCGUCGUGGUUUGCUGCAUCGACAAUUCCAACUUCCUCCGCUGAAGGAUACCAUAGCUGUACCCAACAAUGGCUACGUGGUGCUACGAUUCCGUGCUGACAAUCCUGGUUUCUGGCUGUUCCAUUGUCACUUCCUGUUCCACAUCGUGAUAGGAAUGAACCUGAUCCUUCAGGUCGGUACGCUUCAGGAUCUGCCUCCAGUACCACCGAACUUCCCGACAUGUGGCGAUCACUUACCUCCGAUUCAGUAAUGUACUUUUUUAGCACAAAGCAAAAACUAGCCCCAGCUUAGCACAAACUUUUCGGCUACAAUUAAUAACGGACCAGAAAGUACACACACUAGUCUGAGAAGUCAACGCGCUUUUGUAGUGGUAAAGUAUACCAACUACGCCAUGCGCCUGAAAAAUCUAAAUUUAGUUCUCCGCAAGAGAGAAAGAGAUAGAUGGAUGUGAAGAUUUUAUUCUAUUUUAUUUUUAUUUUCUUUCAAAAAUACUAUUCUAUUCCUUAGCGUUAGUUGUGAGAAACUGAGAAUACUCCCUGAAAAAAUGUACCAAUAUGCCGACAGUGUUUUGUUUAGACUUUUAGACAGAGAUUUUUGUUUUAAUUUAUAUAGCAUUUUUUUCGUAAGUAAAUUAAUUUGUAGUUAGGAAAUCGACGCUCGGAGCAGAGCACACACAUGCGGCGCAGGAAGCUAUAUAUUGUAGAAAUCGUAGACAAAAGAAUAGGUUAACUGCGCCUAUACAUCUUCGAGUUUUAAGUUUAGAUCAAUUUAUUUCAUGCUUACUAAUUUUAUCAUUCAUUACAGAUCGAUUUAAUCAUCACUCGCAAGGUCUAACCGGAAAGGGGUUGCUCAUUUUUUCUAUAAUUUAAUUUGUCCUGUGUUUUCUAACAAAAGUGUGCCACCAUAUUUAUUUACUGUUUUGUUUUGUUUUUUUUUUUCUUUUUUGUAAUAUUUUCUCGUCCGACUUAAAGGAACUCGAAGAGUAUGUCAAAAAUGUAAAUAUUCAUAAUACUCAAACAAAUUCAUAUUGUGUCUAUGCUAAUACGAUAUUUGCUCUAUUUCGACAUCGCGAUUCACCAAUUUUUCAUCCCAAUCAUAUGCACAUACAUUCCCGAUCCAUGAAAAAGUUUUCUCAUAAAGUAAACCUGUCUGGAAAUACCCUCCUCAACAACGCUUUAAAUGUGGCCUCUCUUCGAAUGAACCAAAAACACCGAAAAAGUUUCCGACACUCGUUCCCCCAUAAACAAACCAAGCAAGCAAGCACUGCCAUCAUUUGCUAGUCCUCGAAUAAAAGAAGAGGGGCAACAAGUAUCUGCGUGAGGGAAAAUUUCUGAUGCUAAUAAUGCCUACACCUAUUUCCACCCGCCGACAAAAUCAGUAGAUACCCUGUGACCUGAACUUUCCAACUCUUAAUUUUUCGCUUUUGUCAAUUUUCCUCAUCGUUCAUCAUUACUGACAAUCGAAGCAUAAUGCGAAAGUAUUUGAAGUUUAUUGGUUAAUAAUAGCAGACAUUAUUUUCGAUUGAUCCUUCAUUGUUCGGAUGUUCACCAAUUACCUACCACAGAUUGUGUUAAACAAUGAUGCCGACAUCGCCGUAUGUAGACGCAAAAAGGUGUCCAAUUUAUUAAGAUGUAAAUGCAGCCGCCACUUUUUUGUGUACUACCAAGAAUCGAUUAAAUUAUGUAUAAAAAUUGUGUAUAUAAAAUUA